AUGGGGAUCCCAGACAAAAUGGGUUGCACUCUGGCCAUCGUGUGCAUGCUACUUCUGCUUGGAGGGCAUCUCCAGGGGUCAGAACUGAGCCUGAGGCUAGUGGACGGGCAGAACAGAUGCCAGGGCCGCGUUGAAAUAUUUUACAACGGAGCUUGGGGAACAGUUUGCGAUGACUCCUGGGACAUGGACGAUGCCAACGUGGUCUGUGCUCAGCUCGGAUGUGGCCAGGCCACUGGUGCCGUGGGGGCAGCCCAGUUUGGUGAGGGCACAGGAGACAUCCUGCUGGAUGAAGUGCAGUGCCGAGGGAAUGAGGCUCUGCUCUGGCAGUGCUCCCAUGAUGGAUGGCUCAUCACCAACUGCCUUCAUCAGGAAGAUGCCGGUGUCAUCUGUGCAGACGUGUCCCUGAGGCUGGUGAAUGGGAGGAACCGAUGCGAGGGCCGUGUCGAAGUCCAUUACCAGGGCAACUGGGGCACAGUCUGCGACGACUCCUGGGACCUGCAGGAUGCCCAGGUGGUGUGCAGCCAGCUGGGCUGUGGCAGGGCUGUUUCUGCCCUAGGAAAUGCCAAUUUCAGCCAAGGCUCGGGAGAGAUCCUCCUUGACGACGUGCAGUGCAGAGGGAACGAGGCCUACCUGUGGGAAUGCCCCAGCAGAGGGUGGUCAGUUCAUAACUGCGCGCACGUGGAAGAUGCUGGUGUUGUUUGCUCAGGUGUGCAUGUCUGGAAGUCCCUUCUGACCCACACGAGUCUCUGAUUUUGUCUAACAACGAAGGUUCAGCAAAACUCUCUUUUUUCUUUCAAAGACAUGUCAGUGAGGUUGGUGAAUGGAUGGAACCAGUGUGAAGGGCGUGUUGAAAUCCUUUACAAAGGAGCCUGGGGGACCAUUUGUGAUGAUUCCUGGGAUAUAAAUGAUGCAGACGUUGUCUGUAACCAGCAGGCUUGUGGACAUGCUGUAUCAUCUUCAGGAAAUGUCAUCUUUUCUCACAGCCCGAGAUAUAUUGUCAUGGAUGAUGUGCAGUGCAGAGGGAAUGAGAACUACCUGUGGGAAUGUUCUCACAGGGGGUGGUGUAGAGAGGAGUGUGACAGCCGGCGCGAUGCCAGCGUCGUUUGCUCAGCUUCUACAGGAACUGAAAUACCUGAGGUGUCCAUGAGGCUGAUAAAUGGCAGAAACAGAUGUGAAGGGCGCGUGGAAAUCUACUAUAAGGGAAGCUGGGGGACUGUAUGUGAUGAUUUCUGGGACAUAAAUGAUGCACAGGUCGUCUGCAGGCAGCUGGGAUGUGGAAAUGCUCUCUCUGCACUGGGAAAAGCACAUUUCAAUCCAGGGACAGGGGAUAUUUUCCUGGAUGAUGUGCAGUGCCAUGGAAAUGAAUCCUACCUGUGGGAAUGCUCUCACAGAGGAUGGGCCACACAUAACUGUGGGCACAGAGAAGAUGCCAGUGUGCGUUGCUCAGUCAGUGACACUGGUGUGAAAGUAGCUCUGCGCCUGGAGAAUGGCGGCAAUCGAUGCGAGGGACGUGUGGAAAUGUUUUACAAAGGACAGUGGGGAACAGUGUGUGACGAUUGGUGGGAUAUUGAAGAUGCUCGGGUUGUCUGCAGACAGCUGGGCUGUGGGCAGCCCAUCUCAGCACCAGGAGAGGCCCAGUUCGGGGAAGGCUCUGGGGUUAUUUUCCUGGAUGACGUGCAGUGCAGAGGGAACGAAGCUCACGUAUGGGAAUGCUCCCACAGCGGUUGGUCAAGACAUAACUGUGGCCACAGUGAAGAUGCCAGUGUUGUCUGCUCAGCAAAUGGCUUCUGGUGGCAGUCAACAGAAGACAGUGAAGGUUCAGCCUCACCAUGGGCCAAAUUCUCAAAAUGGCUUAAGAAGACAUUUAAACCCAAAGAAGAGACACCACAAUUGCGACUGGCAUCUGGUGGGGACAGAUGUGCUGGAAGGGUUGAAGUUUACCACAACAGCGAGUGGGGGACAGUCUGUGAUGAUUUCUUUGAUAUGAACAGUGCCAGCGUUGCGUGCAGACAACUCAAAUGUGGCCAAGUUGUUUCUGUCCUGGGCUGGGCUUACUUUGGCCCUGGAGAAGGAAGCAUCCUUCUGGAUGAUGUGAAGUGUGCAGGAACCGAAUCUCACAUUUGGGACUGCUCACAUGCCGGCUGGAACAAAAGUGACUGUGGACACAAUGAGGAUGUCAGUGUCGUCUGCUCAGAUGCAGAACAGUCCACGAUUGCACCAACAGUAUCCACAGAGAGGACCCAAACUACAAUUUCAUCAACCACGUUGGUCACAGACCGCUUUGUAACACCUACUACACAACUGGCGACUUCUACAGAUAAAGAGCCAUCUUCCACAUCCACUGUUGUCACAGAGGGAAGUGCCACAUCAGCUACUGAAAUCCCAGGCACAACUUAUGAAGGUUCCACCUCCACUACAGAGGAAGAUGGGACAUCAGAAAUCCCCACCUUGUCAUGGAAAGACUCUGAAAGCUCAACAGAACCAACAUCAACCAUCCCACUUGCAGAAGGGAGUGUGACUGUGACCUCAACUCCAGAAAUCCCUUCCACAGCUCCUAAAGCUUCCUCCUCUGCCCCCAGCACUGCAGCCACGCAGCCAACAGCUGUUCCAGAGAUCCUGACCACCUCUGGGGAAGAGCCAUCUUCUACAUCCACUGUUGUCACAGAGGGAAGUGCCACAUCAGCUACUGAAAUCCCAGGCACAACUUAUGAAGCAGAUGCUCCAGCCCUGUCCCUGCGCCUUGCAGAUGGUGACAGCAGGUGCUCAGGCCGUGUGGAGCUCUUUUACAACGGCAGCUGGGGAACAGUCUGCGAUGAUGCUUGGGAUAUGGGAGCUGCUGAGGUGGUGUGCCGGCAGCUGGGCUGUGGGGAGCCUAUGUUGGCAGUGCCUGAAGCACAGUUCGGCCAGGGCUCUGGGAACAUCCUCCUGGAUGAGGUGCAGUGCAGAGGGGAUGAGGACAGCCUGUGGGACUGCUCUCACCAAGGGAUAGGUGUGCAUAACUGUCAGCCAAAGGAAGACGCCGGCGUCAUUUGCGCAGGUAGCAAUCACGUGUUUCCUUCUGUUUUCCAAGAGCUGUCUCUGAGGCUGGUGAAUGGAGACAACAAGUGCUCAGGGCGCCUGGAAGUUUUCUACAACGGCAGCUGGGGAACCAUCUGCGAUGAUGACUGGGACAUAAACAGUGCCAGGGUUGUGUGCAGGGAGCUGAGCUGCGGAGAUGCCGUCUCAGCCAAAAAAAGUGCCUUUUUUGGGGAAGGCACGGGAGAUAUCCUCAUGGAUGAUGUGAAAUGCACAGGGGAUGAGUCCUUCCUGGAGCAGUGCUCUCACAGGGAGCUGGGAACGCAUGACUGUUUGCACAAGGAAGAUGCUGGUGUUGUCUGCACAGGGCCUGUGGAUCUUACCACUCCUGGAACAACAGCCCCAACUGAAUCCACCACAGCUGAAACUUCAGCAACCCCUGCAGGCAGCACCACGUCUGAAGCACCAGUAACCACCUCUCCCACUCCUGGACCAGCAGCCACUACCAGCUCUCCUGCAGGCAGCACCAUGUCUGAAGCACCAGGAGCCUCAACAACUCCAUUGGUCUCCUCAACUCUACCAGUCUCUUCAACUCCUCAAAGCACAGAAAUCAGCACUUCUUCUCCAAAGCCAGUACCUACAAGUCAAGCAACCCUUGCUUGUCUGCCUACUUACAUGCGGGCAAUCAUCAGGAGAUCCUACAUCAACUCCCGAGGGUACCUUGCAAGUGACAUCCACCUGAGGGACCCCAGGUGCAAGCCUGUGAUCAGCAGCUACCAUGUCAUGUUCCGCAUACCAUACGAUGGCUGUGGCACACAGAGGCUGAUAUCACGUGGAGCCAUCACUUACUCCAACACAGUGGAAGGAUCCAUUUCUAGCAACUCCUACAGCAGAAAUAGAAAUCCUCUGCUAAACUUUGCCUGCAAAAUAUACGACGAUGCUGGUGCCCAAACAAUACCCAGCGUCAUACGGCCCGCGUACCAGGAAACUCCAUCUAGGCAAUUUGUCGUCAAGUUUGCCUUUUAUGACUCGCCAUCCUUCUCCAAUGUAGUGAAGGAAGCACCAUACUAUGUAAUGCCGAGCCGGGAUUUGUUUGUUCGUGCUACCCUGUACAGCACACAGCCAAACGUGAUGCUGUUUGCAGACACCUGCGUGGUCUCUCCAAAUCCCCAUGACUUUGUGACUGUGGCAUCUGAUAUCAUACGAAACGGGUGUGUCAGAGACCCAACCUAUAGGAGCUACUUUUCACCAGACAGCAGGAUUGUCCAGUUCCGAUUCAGAGCCCCCAGUUUUAUCAGCAGAUACUCAUCCGUUUACCUACAGUGCAAGAUGGCAGUGUGCAACAGAUACGAUUAUUCCUCCCGCUGCUACCAGGGCUGCAUAGCCAGAGGCAAAAGAAGCACAGGAGAUGGCAGUGGAAAUGUCAUUAUCGUUGUCUCCAGACUACAGUAGCCCCAAUAACACUUCUUCUAAUUCUAAUAUCACGCUGAUCACUUAUAAAUGUGAUCAGUAGGUUGCACACCUGCUCGUAUUUUAAUCUUAACUGUAUUGUGUUCCUUAAUUUCAAACUUUUGGAUCUAUAUUCCAGAUCUGUAAAAGCCUAAACUUCAGUAAAAACUCAGUGAUAAACUGUAAUGGAUCAGCUUUUUGUUCUUCCCCACCAAGACUGUUUCCCUCUCUUGUACUGCAUAACUCAAAUACUUAGUAUUCAAGAAUAACUAACCUGCCUUGUAAAGCAGUGGUGUUGCUUUACAAGCUCAAGAAGAAUAGGAACCCCUUGUAACCAAUAACGUCUGAGCAAUUAUUUUAAAUAGGAGCUCAACAGUUUUUGAAGAAAUAUUGUCCAUGCCCAGAGCUGUAAUCUCUCCAAUACCUAUGACCUAUUCCCAUUUUCCAUGUCAGUUUUUAUUGCUGGAGAUUAGACCUGAAAAAAAAAUAUAUAUUUUCUUCAUGAUAUACGUAUUUGUUUCA